AUGCCCACCAUUAAUGCUUCUUCCUCUUUUUCAUCAUCAACAUCAUCAUCGGAAGAGCUGUUUCGUUUCUCGAUUGAUCGGGGUGGUACUUUUACAGAUAUUUAUGCAGAGGUACCAAGAACUCCACAUAAUAAUUUUCAACCCUUCUUUGUGAUGAAGUUGUUGAGCGAGGAUCCUCAGCAUUACGAGGAUGCUCCAAGAGAAGGAAUUAAAAGAAUUAUGAAUAAGGUUCUUGGAUUAAACAUGAAAGAUGCAAAAGAAAUUGACAUUGAUAAAAUUGAGUACAUUCGAAUGGGUACUACGGUUGCAACAAAUGCAUUGUUGGAAAGAAAAGGUUCAAAAUGUGCUCUCAUUACAACAAAAGGAUUUCGUGACUUGCUAAAAAUUGGCAAUCAGUCAAGAUCUAAAAUUUUCGAUUUAGUCAUCCAGAAACCAGAGCUUCUUUAUGAUCGAAUUAUUGAAGUUGACGAGAGAGUUUGCCUUACCGAACAGGUCUAUGGAUCCUUCAAAAAAUUCCAAGCUCCUGAACAUGAUGGAUCCUUAAUAUCUGAAGAGGAAUGGAAAUCUCAAAAGCUGAAACAUGGAAUUUCCGGAGAGGAGGUCUAUAUCAGAAAAACAGUUGACAAGGAGUUUGUAUUCAAUGCAUGCAAGGAACUUCAUGAAAGUGGAUUUAAUAGUAUUGCAGUUGUGUUGUUGCAUUCCUAUACAUAUCCUGAACAUGAAUUGGAAAUUGCCGCUCUUGCAAAAGAGGCUGGAAUUGAAUACAUUUCUUUGUCACAUCAAGUAAUGCCCAUGAUACGAGCUGUUCCAAGAGGACAAACUGCAUGUGUAGAUGCUUAUUUGAGCCCAAUCAUCAAGGAAUAUGUUAGAAAGUUUUGUGCAGGUUUUUCUGAUUAUGAUAAGUUAUUGAAACGUGUCACAUUUAUGCAGUCCAAUGGAGGUUUAACUCCAGCAGCUAAUUUCAAAGGAUGCAACUCCAUUUUGAGCGGUCCUGCAGGAGGUGUAGUGGGCUACGCCCAAACAUCUUUCAAUCCUGAAGAAGGCACUCCAGUGAUUGGCAUUGACAUUGGAGGAACAAGCACAGAUGUGAGUAGAUUUGGCGGAACAUUUGAUCAUGUUUUCGAGACGGAAACAGCAGGUGUCACUAUUCAAGCACCUCAAUUAGAUAUUACAACAGUUGCUGCCGGUGGAGGAAGUCGAUUGUUUUUCACCAAGAGUGGAGUGUUCCAAGUAGGUCCAGAAUCUGUAGGUGCAAAUCCAGGUCCUGUAUGCUAUCGAAAGCAAACGAAUCUUCCUAAAAAACGUCUCGCCAUAACAGACGCUAAUUUAUUCUUGGGAAGAUUGAUGCCUGAAUUUUUCCCCAAAAUUUUUGGUCCUUCAGAGAAUGAACCACUUGAUUAUGAAGCCACGAAGAGAGCAUUUGAAGAGUUAACCAAUGAGGUGAAUGAAUUUGAGCUUAAAAGAAAUGGAGACAAGGCCCAAUUAAAGAGUCCUGAAGAGGUGGCCUAUGGUUUUAUUCAAGUUGCUAAUGAAUCCAUGUCUCGUCCCAUUCGAUCCAUUACGGUUGCGAAAGGUUACGACACGAGAGAUCAUAUUCUUUGCUCCUUUGGAGGUGCGGGAGCUCAACAUUGUCAAGCCAUUGCUCGAAAUUUGGGAAUGAAGAAAGUAUUUAUUCCAAGACAAUCUGGUAUUUUGAGUGCCUAUGGACUUGGACUUGCAGAUGUUGUUUUUGAUGAGCAAGAACCGUGUGCAAAAGCAUAUGAAACAGAAAACUUCUCAUAUUUUGCAAAACGUUUGGACGAUCUCAGACUCAAAGUGGUUGAAAAUUUAAAACGUUCUGGAUUUGACGAUUCCAAUAUCAAGACGACUUCUUAUCUCAAUAUGAAAUACAAAGGUACGGACUAUUCCAUUAUGACCACUGUUCCAGAAAAGUUAAAAAAGGAUCACAAUGGAUUGGAUGGAGAUUAUCUUGCAGAGUUCGAAAAGUCCUACAAGAGAGAAUAUGGAUUUAUUAUCGCUGGUAGGUCUGUCAUUGUCGAUGACAUUCGAGUGGUUGGAAUUGGAUCAACACCUUCCAUCAGCAAAAUCGAAAUUUCACAAUCCACACAAAAACCUCAACCCAUAACAUUUACAAAAACUUACUUUGAAGAAGGAUGGACUGAAACAGCAGUCUAUAAUUUAGAACAUUUGGGAGCAGGAGAUGAGAUUCAAGGUCCUGCCAUCAUUAUCCAUGAAACGACAACUAUUUUAGUGGAACCUCAAGGAACAGCUAGCAUUACAAAAUAUGGAGAUGCUGAAAUCACUUUCUCUGAAGUACGAAUUCAACAAGUGGAUUUCAGUGAAAUGGUUAAAGUUGAUGCUGUGAGAUUAAGUAUUUUCAAUCAUCGAUUUAUGAGUAUUGCAGAACAAAUGGGACGAUCACUUCAAAGGACUUCCAUCUCUACCAAUAUUAAGGAACGAUUGGAUUUUUCGUGUGCCUUAUUUUCUCCAAACGGAGAUUUGAUCGCCAAUGCUCCUCACUUGCCUGUUCAUCUUGGAUCUAUGAGUGAGGCAGUAAAAUUCCAAAUCAAACAUCUUGGAGACUCGUGGAAAGAAGGACAAGUCAUUAUGGCAAACCAUCCUUGUGCAGGUGGUACACAUUUGCCUGAUAUUACAGUCAUUACGCCAGUGUAUUCGAAUGGAAGAGUUGUUUUUUAUGUUGCAAAUAGAGGUCAUCAUGCUGAUAUUGGAAGUAUUAGUCCAGGUUCAAUGCCACCUUUUAGUAGACUCCUUGCCGAGGAAGGAAUGGCCAUUAUUUCUCUUAAAAUUGUUGAAGAUGGUAUCUUCCAAGAACAACGAAUUACUGAACAAUUAAAAAAAGCAGGAGCAAGAUGUAUUAAAGACAAUAUUGCAGAUCUCAAAGCUCAAAUAGCUGCCAAUACUAAAGGUAUUUCUCUGUUACAAGAUUUGAUCAAUGAGUAUUCAUUAGAAGUUGUACAGAGCUACAUGCAACAUGUUCAAGACAAUGCUGAACUUGCUGUGAGAGAAAUGCUUCAACAAGUAUUUGAUGGUCAUGCUAAAAGUCCAAAUGAUGAAUUCAUUCAUGUUCUUUCUGAAGACUACAUGGAUGAUGGAUCUGUAAUCAAGUUGAAUUUGACCAUUCGUAAUCAAAGACAUGAACAAUUUAAUACAAGUUCGAGAAAGCCAGUGGCAGAAUUUGAUUUUACUGGAACCUCAGAAAUGGUUUUGGGUAAUAUUAAUGCUCCAAAAGCAAUUACCACAAGUGCCAUUCUGUACAGCUUGAGAUGUCUCGUCAAACAAGAGAUUCCUCUCAAUCAGGGAUGUCUCGAACCAAUUACGAUCAAGAUUGAAAAACACUCACUUCUUGACAUUGGUGAAGAUGGAAUUGUUGGAGUGGUGGCUGGUAAUGUGUUGACCUCUCAGAGAAUUACUGAUAUUAUUCUUAAAGCAUUCUCUGCUGCUGCCUGCAGUCAAGGUUGUAUGAAUAAUUUCACAUUUGGAAAUCAAACAUUUGGAUAUUAUGAGACCAUUGCGGGAGGAGCUGGUGCUGGACCCUAUUGGCAUGGUGCCUCAGGAGUUCACACUCACAUGACAAAUACUCGUAUUACUGAUGUAGAAAUUUUGGAAAGAAGAUAUCCUCUCGUUAUUAAACAGUUCAGUUUGAGACCCAAUACAGGAGGAGAUGGCAAAUAUAGAGGAGGAGAUGGUGUGAAUCGAGAGUUUGAGUUUUUGGAACCUCUUCGUGUUGGAAUUUUAUCUGAAAGAAGAGUCUUUUCUCCAUGUGGGUUGUGUGGAGGUGGAAAUGGUGCCAAAGGAAAGAACAUUCUUGUCACAAAAUCGGGUUUAGUUCACAAUUUGGGAGGAAAGAAUUCAUUCGAUGUUCAGCCUGGAGAUAUUGUGUUAAUUCAAACACCUGGUGGUGGCGGUUUUGGUAAUCAAGAUGAGCAGCAAUAA